AUGGCGGAUGCCGAGCCCAGCGCCGAAGAAGGCCUCACCAAAGAGGAGAUCCAAAGCGCCUCUGAAGCACCUCCCGCAGGCGAGAAGCGCAAGAAUGCCUUCGCCGCGCUCAUGGCACCUAAGAAGAAGCAAACUCCAGCCGCCACUCCCGCACGCUCCGCCGGCGGCAACCCGUUCAAGGACCGCAUGGGCCUGGGCGCCUACCUCGGCGACCCGGCCGCCUUUUCCGCGUCCGUCGUCAUCGCCCACUCGCCCGACUUUGUCGUCAUCCACGACAAGUUCCCCAAAUCCACCGUGCACACGCUCAUCCUGCCCCGGUCCCCCGCCGCCAACCUCCUUCAUCCGUUUGACGCCCUCGCUGACCCGGCCCUGCUCGCGAGCGUCAAGGCCCAGGUCCUCCGGACCAAGGCCCUCGUCGCCGCCGAGCUCCAGCGGCAGCUCGGCCGCUUCAGCGCCUCCGAGGCCGCGCGACAAGCCGUCCUCGAUGGCGAGGCGGAAGUGCAGGAGGGGGCGGAGCUGCCGCGCGGACGCGACUGGGCCGCCGAGGUGGUCUGCGGCGUGCACGCGGUGCCGAGCAUGAGCCACGUCCACGUCCACGUCUUGUCGCGGGACAUGCACUCGCGCAAGGUCAAGCACAGGAAGCACUACAACUCGUUUACGACGCCGUUCCUGGUGGACGUGGAGGACUUUCCGCUCGCAGAGGACGACCCGCGGAGGGAUACGAAGCGCAUGGGUUAUCUGCAGCGUGAUCUGCGGUGCUGGCGCUGCGGACGCAACUUUGGGAACAAGUUUGCGCAGCUCAAGGAGCAUUUAGAACAAGAGUUUGACGCGUGGAAGAGGGAGUAG